AUGGGUAUUGGCAAAAACACCACAUCAAAGUCAGUAGAAACUGGAAGCUCUACUGAGGGCAAAUAUGAAGAUGAAUCUAAGCAUCCUGCUUUCUUCACUCUUCCGGUGGUGAUAAAUGGAGGAGCCACAUCAAGUGGCGAACAGGACAAUGAGGACACUGAGUUAAUGGCAAUCUAUACCACAGAAAAUGGCAUAGCAGAAAAGAGUUCUCUUGCAGAGACAUUGGACAGUACUGGAAGUUUAGAUCCCCAGAGAACAGAUAUGAUUUAUACAAUAGAAGAUGUGCCUCCUUGGUAUCUUUGUAUAUUCUUAGGACUACAGCACUAUCUGACCUGUUUCAGUGGUACCAUAGCAGUGCCCUUCUUGCUGGCUGAUGCUAUGUGUGUUGGAUAUGACCAGGGGGCUACAAGUCAGCUUAUUGGGACCAUAUUCUUUUGUGUGGGAAUCACAACUUUGUUACAGACAACUUUUGGAUGCAGGCUACCUCUAUUUCAGGCCAGUGCUUUUGCAUUUUUGGCACCAGCUCGAGCUAUCUUGUCUCUGGAUAAAUGGAAAUGCAAUACUACAGAUCUUUCAGUUACCAAUGGAACAAUAGAUUUAUUGCAUACUGAACAUAUUUGGUAUCCAAGAAUACGAGAGAUCCAGGGUGCCAUUAUCAUGUCUUCAUUGAUAGAAGUUGUAAUUGGCUUCCUUGGCCUGCCAGGUGCUCUGCUAAAAUAUAUUGGACCUUUGACUAUUACACCAACAGUGGCUCUGAUUGGUCUCUCUGGUUUCCAGGCAGCAGGAGAAAGAGCAGGGAAACACUGGGGCAUAGCUAUGCUAACUAUUUUUCUAGUAUUGUUAUUUUCUCAAUAUGCCAGAAAUGUUAAAUUUCCUCUCCCUAUUUACAAAUCCAAAAAAGGAUGGACUGCCUACAAAUUACAGCUUUUCAAAAUGUUCCCAAUAAUCCUGGCUAUCUUGGUAUCCUGGUUACUGUGCUUCAUAUUCACUGUGACAGAUGUCUUUCCACCUGACAGCACAAAGUAUGGGUUCUAUGCUCGUACAGAUGCUAGACAAGGCGUGCUUUUUGUGGCACCUUGGUUUAAAGUUCCAUAUCCAUUUCAGUGGGGACUUCCAACUGUUUCAGCUGCAGGGGUUAUAGGAAUGCUCAGUGCCGUGGUUGCUAGUAUUAUAGAAUCCAUCGGUGAUUAUUAUGCCUGUGCAAGAUUAUCUUGUGCUCCACCACCUCCCAUUCAUGCAAUAAAUAGAGGAAUUUUCAUUGAGGGGUUAUCCUGUGUUCUUGAUGGUGUAUUUGGUACUGGAAAUGGCUCCACUUCAUCAAGUCCCAAUAUUGGAGUUUUAGGAAUAACUAAGGUUGGCAGUCGUCGUGUUAUUCAGUAUGGUGCAGCUUUAAUGCUCAUGCUUGGAAUGAUAGGGAAAUUCAGUGCACUGUUUGCGUCCCUGCCAGACCCUGUGCUUGGUGCCCUCUUUUGCACACUCUUUGGAAUGAUCACUGCUGUUGGAUUAUCGAAUCUUCAAUUCAUUGAUUUAAAUUCUUCCCGUAAUCUCUUUGUCCUCGGAUUUUCCAUUUUCUUUGGACUUGUUCUUCCAAGUUACCUCAAGCAGAAUCCACUAGUCACAGGGAUCACAGGAAUUGAUCAAGUGUUAAAUGUUCUUCUCACCACAGCAAUGUUUGUAGGUGGAUGUGUUGCUUUUGUUUUGGAUAAUACUAUCCCAGGUACUCCUGAAGAAAGAGGAAUACGGAAAUGGAAGAAAGGAGUCGGAAAAGGGAGUAAAUCACUUGAUGGCAUGGAAUCCUAUGAUUUGCCAUUUGGCAUGAACAUUAUCAAAAAAUUCCGAUGCUUUAGCUAUUUACCUAUCAGCCCAACCUUCAUGGGUUACACAUGGAAAGGUUUCAGGAAAAGCAGCAACUGCAGAAAUUCAGAUGAAGAUUCAGAGGCUACUGUAUAG